ACCGCUAAUUUCUUAAGUAGAAGAAGGUCUCCACACUGUUUGCGAGGCGGACGGAGUUGUGCGGGAAGAAGUCCGCUAUUUCGCGGUUGUGCAGCUACAAAUACUACAUUGGCGACGCGUGUCCAUCGAAAUUGUACCAUCGUGUGUGCGGACUUUUACAAUCAGGUGGGCUUUGUCGUAGCAGAGAUAUAAAGUGUUUUGAGGAAGGCUGCUAGGCCUCACAGGUUAAUCACCAUGAGUUACGGUAGGCCUCCGCCAGACGUCGACGGCAUGACUUCCCUCAAAGUGGAUAACUUAACGUACCGCACGUCGCCCGAGACCCUCAGACGGGUGUUUGAGAAGUAUGGCCGGGUAGGGGAUGUCUACAUUCCCCGAGACCGCUACACAAAAGAAAGCAGGGGUUUCGCGUUUGUGCGGUUCCACGACAAGCGGGACGCCGAGGACGCGAUGGACGCCAUGGACGGCGCGCUUCUGGACGGACGGGAGCUGCGAGUCCAGAUGGCCCGCUACGGCAGACCCCCAGAUUCUCACUAUGGUGGCGGCGGCGGUGGUGGCGGCGGUGGUGGCGGCGGCGGAGGAGGAGGAGGAGGCCGUCGAGGAGGGCCGACCAGGAGGUACGGCGGCCAUGGACGCCGGAGCAGAAGCUCUUCCCCCAGCCCAAGACACAGAAGACGCAGCAGGUCCCGCAGCAGGAGCCGCUCUCGUUCCAGAAGCCGGUCCCGCUACAGCAGAUCCAGGUCCCGGUCCUACUCCAGAUCCAAGUCUCACUCUCCCAGGAACAAGAAGGCUAAGGCCAAAUCCCAGUCUCGUUCCAGAUCUAGAUCCAGGUCCCGGUCCAAGUCCAAGUCCAAGUCCAGGUCAAGAAGCCGCACCCCGUCCUCUAAAAGAGGGUCCAGAUCGAGAUCUAAAAGCCAGCCUAAGUCCGCAGCAGAAAAUGGAGGGGAAUCCCCAUAGAGCUCAGCAUAAGGUGAGUUUUGACAAGAUGUUGCAGUUGUACAGGCAGUAAAAGAUUCAUUUGGUUACUGCUUUGUUUUCAGUGGCUUUUUUGAAGUUAUUAGUGCCAGAGUGGAAGACAGAACAGUUCAAAGUUUUCUGUAGAUGGUAAGCCACUUGAGCAGCAAAUUUAACAGGUAGACUUUACAUUCUAGAUCUAGAUUAAUCAGCUCUUAAAACAAAAAAAAAGUGAAAUUAUAGCAGUUGCUCAAAGACAAUUUUUGCCCUGGUAAAGAUGCAUCAACGAGGGUGAUUUUUUUUAUUUUCCAAAGAUCUUGAUCAGCAACAUAAGUUGUUGAAUUCAUAACCACAAUUUCUGUCACACACAGUGCUCAUAAUUUUCACUGAAUACUAAGCGAAGUGUUUUUUAAGAACAGUUCUGAUGGUAAACCAAAUCUGGAAUUUUCUCCUUCCCAAGCUGCGGCAUCCUGUUUGCUAAAGCGGAGUUUGAGCUGAGCUGAGGCAGUAUGAGCAGUUAGAAGGUAUGUGUUGAGCUGCCCACAGGCUGUCUGCUGCUGGCGAGGGUUUCUGUGCAGCAGGGUGGAGACAGUCAGUGUUGGGGUUUGGUGUUGAGGUACGUCUAUGUCUGCCAGCGGACAUAAAACUGUCCCCCAGGUCUCGUCCCCAUUCGGAAGGACGCCCGUACUUGAGGGGCACUGAGGUUUGUCCAACUCUCCUCCAAUGUCAGUUUGUUCAAUGCCAUUUUCCAACUUCUAUUUUUUGUUUCACAUUUUCAAUACCAUAGUUGUCCAAUCAAAGAAUAAUAAAGGAAACUGUACGUGAAUAAGAAAACCAUAAUAAGAAAGGAGGCUUUAGUGUCCUGCAACAUUUAGCUUUAUGCAGCCUCUUAUUUUAUGUAUAUUGUGUAGGAGUUCCCUGAACACACCAACCUUAAAAAGCUAUUUAGUAAUUUUGGUCACAGUCCACCAGCAUUCAUCUUUUUAACUAUGUGAAGUGCUUCCUGUAGGUUAGUGAUUAAUUGAGCUGCAUAGUUAUUCAUUUUCUUUGUCCAAAUCUUGUAGUGAAACUUGAGCUUGUGACGAGAGCUGCAGCCAUUAACAAUUAUUAUCGAUUAAUCCACUGAUUAUUAUCCUAUAGUCUCUGUUAUCCUAGAAAAUAUUGAACAUGCCCAUCCCAAGUGCCCAGAUGUCUUUUUAAAUGUCUUGUUUCACCUGACCAGCAGCCCAACACUCAAACACAUUAAAUUUACAGUACGAAAAAGAUAGUGUCAAACCCUCAUAUUUAAGCGGAUUCCAGAGAAUACAUUUCUGCCUUAAAUGACUAAAAAGAUGUAUCAAUAAAUAGAAUAGUCGAUGAUUAAUUUUCAGUCGAUCCAUUAAUUGUUUCAGCUCUACUUUCAUUAUGUUAGCUUAAAAAACACUGCAUCGAUAAGGAGCUGGGUGUCCUGGUGGAUAGUGGUUUAACGUGCUGACCAUGAACUGCAGUGUAACAGGUUUACCCUCGGUUGCCAUCUCUUUACUUGUUGGCUGUCCAAUAAGGCAUUUAAUGCACAAGUAAUACUUUCGAUAAAAGCAAAACGGGGAGCCGUGCAUGUCUGAAAGUAACCAUGGGAAAAAAUAGCAGGUGUGUACAGAAAUGUCUCCCAAGAUAUUGGCCAUAGGAUGAAAUUAGGAUAUGGGUGCAUAGAGGAAUUAUUGGGAGGCUUUUAAUGAUGUAGAUAAUCAUAAUUACUUUCAGUUGAACUAUAAGUUAUAUUCAUAUGCAGGUCGAAUGCUUCCUGGAUUCAAUCAGUAAAGUUUUUAUAAAUUUGUAGUCAAAUCACAUCACAUUGAAUAUGCACAACUGAUUGAUAUCAGAUUUAAUAAAAACAACGUGUGAUUAUUGGUCUAGCGGGUCCUUGUUGACUUUGUGUUCUGUAUCCUAACUACUGCUCUUUUGACAGUUUUCAGGUGAAGACUGGAAGCUUCAAGUCCAAGACGGAAUCCAACGCAAGCAACAGUGUCGUGCUGUAAAAGGUUAUUAUUGUGUCUUCCAUGCUUUGGUUUGUUUCAUUCAUUUGGCCACAAAAGGCUUUGUCAUUUCAUUGAUGUGCUGUGAUUCUUUUUUUUUUUUUUUUUUUUUUAAUGAUUUUAAAAAUCUGAUUCAGUGUGAAGAGGCCGUACUGUUCUGACAUGGUUUUGUAAUGAUGACACAGGAUAAUACAGUUAAGUUUGUACCAGUUGCCCCUCUGAAGAAGCUUCACAUUGAUCCUGGAUCACCUUUGACAGAAACGUGGUCACUGACUGACUCAAUCCAGUGAUGAGUACAUGAAAUAGACUGAAUAAUCACAGGCCAAGUUUUUAGCUGUUCAUGUAGAUAAAUGGUAAUCAGUAGAAUAAUCCUUUGGUUUAAUUAUUGUGGCAGCAACUGACUAUUACUUUCAUUCUCAGUUAAUCUGUUGACCAUUUUCUAGAUUUAGUUGUUUAGUCUACAAAGUGUUUGCCUACUUAAAAGAUUAAACAUUUAUCCAAGUAGUUGCUGCUUUUAAUUUCUUUCAAUCACUAAUCAGUUUAAUUAUUUCUGAUCUAAAUCGUUUCAUCAAGGUUAUGUUAAUACUUCUGCCUUUAUAGGAAAUGUAAUGCUUUCAUCCAUGUCAAGAUCCUUCAGAAGUGUAGAUUUAUUUUCUGGUGUUAGCCAUGGUGAUCUGUUGUGGUGAAUGAGCCAGCUUUGCGAUGCCAGAAAGCCAGAGUUAAGCCCAAAGUUAGGUGGCUAACUCAUUAACUUGUCUUUGACACAGAGGCGUGGUGUCAGCGCAGAGUCAGGAUAGUUUCUUGUUCAACAAGGGAUAAAUCUAAAAGGAACUAAUACACACCUACGUUUUCUUAUCAGCGCAAACAUUUCAUUUAACUGAAGUGAUCACAGAAAAACAAUGAGGUUACCUGGUUCCUUAUGAUCUUGAAUUUCUGCAGCUCAGGGUUUCUUUGUCAGAGAGGACAGCAGAUGAUUUUAACUCCUGUAAUAAAUGUGUUAAAUGUAAUUGCAUAGACAGUAAAAUGACAGGUAAUCUAAAGUGUCAAUUAAAGGACUGUUUGCGGUCAGUAAAAGGUCACACAGAUCUACGGUCUAAGCUCAUCACCUUAAACCUUUUUUUUUUUUUUUUUUUUUUGUUUGUUUUUUCCUCUCUCCCCCCCAAAUCUUACAGGACAUGUACUGGACUCUGGAAAAAGUAUUUUUUGUUUUUCUUUUAAUUUUUGAUCCUAAUCCUGCUUGUAUGUUUGUUUUGUGCACUAGGCGCAGUUGUGUAGCAGUUGAGUAUUGCUGGUUAGCUGUUAAGGUGGCGUGUUGCUCUGCUGAGUGCUUGGAUGUAUCCAGUAUUCUCCAGAAUGCUCCUGUGACUACCGGUGGUACGGUUGCUGCAGUCUCACCCUUUGUAAGAUGAAAUGUCCCCCCCCCCCCCAAUAAUGGUCAUGGAUGAAAAAUGUGACUUUCAUUAAAGAUUUGGUGUUUUGUCUA